AUGUCGACCGCGAUCGCCCGACACCCCCUCGCGCACGCUCCCCCAGAGCAUCACCUUGACUUCCUUCAGCGUUUCACCGCCAAAGAGCGCGAGAGAGUCGUGAAGCCAGCGCCGUUAUCAGCAGAGGAGCACGCUAGAAACCGAAAGCAGCUGCGCGUCGUUCGUUUUGUUAAGCCGAAGUACUCGGUUGAAACGAAGAUCAACGUCACUGGCAUCUUUAGAAAAUGGACGCGGUACUGCACUGAUAAUCGGAUUGGUGACUGGAAGGCGACAAUCCGGAACCUGGCUCGUGAAACCACAAUGGACUUCUUCCUCUUCGUCUGCGGAAAUUAUAAGGUCAAGUCAUGGGGUACAUCGGAAGAGUACAUGCGUCAGUUCCAGCAGCUCUACACGACUGUUACCGGACGAUAUAUGGACCGGAAUGACAGUAAAGAGGUCUACAAGUAUCACCAUAACGUCCUAGUUCCUCGGUUUGGCCUCCGGGCGCCUAACGUUGAUGGCAAGCCAGUCCUAAACGUGGACAGCCUCCGGGUCAUCUUGACCUUCAACAUAGCGUAUGAUGCCAGCACCUUUGCCCUCGAGCGCCAUCGCAUCCAGCUGGCGGGCUGCUAUCAGAUUCUGUGCUACACUGGGGCACGGCCUGCCGAGUUAGUGGAUGGUCAGAGGAAGAAUCCGAAGGAUGGUUCCAUCGAGGAGCUCUUUGGCUCGAAAGUCGUCCAGUCAACUGACGGCGAGAAAGAGUUGGACGAGGCGACAGAUGAAGCAUCUCAUCAGCUGGCUGAGCUGCUCGCACAGGAGACGACCAAGCGUGGUCGUCCCAAAGCUCUCUGCUAUGAGGAUAUCUUCAUGAUGAUCGUCCGUCACCCUGCCACCGGGAAUUCCGUCCCGGUCAUGGCCAUCAAGUUCAUUAACCACAAGGGAGCAGACAACAAGCCCAAACCAACCAUCUUUUUCUUCACCCCCACCAGGAAGCUGAUAUUCUGCCCCAUCAUGGUUCUCAUCGCCCUGGCGCUGCAUGACCAUGCGUUUGAUGCGCAAAGCUUGACGAAUGCAUCCCGUGUGUUUGAGACGAAGGUCUGGGGCCCGACGCAAUCUACGCCGCUCCGGUGGAAGGAGUCAAUGCUCAAGGUGCCGGUUUUCCGGCGGGUUCAUGGCACUACCCUUUCCGCCGACGAAGCUAUGCUAUACUCCAAGCUGAAUUACGAUAUGGGUCGGCAGAGCCUUGAUUCGGGACACGAGAAGCCCUGGACGCCGAGAUUCGCUCGGAGAGGCGCUGCAAACGCUGUCAAUGGCGACGCACCGGAUACAGUCCGUGACCAGAUGAUGCGCCAUGACCCUAGGUUUGCCACUUUCUACAGCGCAUAUCUGAAUGAGAUUGCCCGGUUCGAUAUCCAGAAUGCCUUCUUAGAGGAGGAGAAGCAGAAUGAACUAUUCCGGAUGUUCGCACACGUCAGCCUCACCCGCGACCCUCGGGCCGUUAGGGACAUGGUGCCCGACGAGGUAUGGGCCAAUACGCCGCCGGACCCGGAGAUAGUGGUGUUGGAAGAGAAGCGAGCGACUCUCAAGCAGGGACGGUAUCGAAUCGACGGCCACGAGGAUGAGGAGGAUAUCCGAAAACUCACGAAUGAGAUCAGGACUAAGCGGGCAGAGCGCGAGAGGAGGAUCGUGAAAGGAUAUCGCGAGUAUUACUUUUACCACCGUCCGACCUGGGACGUCGAGGCACAAGCUCGAGGAGAGGUAGAAGAGGAAUACGAGGAGCCAGCCAUCGAUCUCGUCGUGCCCGAGCGCGCCAGACUGGCCGAGAUUUUCUGCUGUCAGCCUAGGAGCUGGACCGAGAAGGAGAUCUCCCAGCACAGAAUCGAGGCUAUCGACCUUAUGGUGGCUCUAUGCGAUAAGAAAGAGACGGGAAAGAAUAGCCGGACCCGGCUGAGAGCCCAAGUCGGGCAGUCUAUCAAGCAAGAGUCACCCGAGCUAUGCGCCAGUUCCGAGCCAGAGCCUGGACCCGAUCCCUUCCCGCUUCUCAUGGAAGCGACCCAGUGUCCGGACUGUAUUGGCGACGAGCAAUUGCCUCUUGGAGAGCGGACGUUUCGAUGGUGUCGUCCAACUGAAAGAGACUUUUAA